CGGUAGGGGAAAUGCCCCCGGCGGUUUUCUGCGCUCAGUAGAGGGAGCAAUGAGGAGGCGUUGGGCGGAGCCCGAGGGAGCCCAGCUGUUGACGCUAGUCGCCGAGCCGUGAUGCGAGCGUGGGUCCUACUCUCCGCGGUGCUCUGGUAUCUCGCAGGAGUUGGAUGCCAGCGCCCUUCCCUGUUCAGUAAGAAAGGCUUCGUGUAUGGCAAGUUAGAACAUCCAGUGAAAAUAUAUGUAAAAAUACAUCAGAAUAGCCCGGCCCUUAUUUGUAUGGAUUUGGAUCGUGCUAGUAAAGAAACAGUGGAUCCCACCUACUUGUGGAUUGGGCCUAAUGAAAAUACAUUAACAGGCAAUAAUCGAAUAAAUGUAACAAACACAGGAACACUAAUAGUGAAAGAUUUUCUGGAGUCUCUGUCUGGACUUUAUACAUGUACUCUUUCUUAUAAGAAUGUGAAAGCAGAAACCCAAGAAGAAAGCGUAAUACAGAAGAGAUAUGACUUUAUGAUCUUUGCCUAUCGGGAGCCUGACUACUCUUAUCAGAUGGCUGUGCGCUUUACCACAAAGUCUUGUGUAGGAAGAUUUAACGAUAUGUUCUUUAGACUGCUAAAGAAAAUCCUGGAUAAUUUAAUCUCUGAUUUGUCAUGCCAUGUCAUAGAACCAUCAUAUAAAUGCCAUAUUGUUAAAAUUCCAGAAAAUGACCUCAUAUAUGAGCUAUUCAUAGCCUUUCAAGUUAACCCUUUUGCAGAAGGAUGGAAAAGUUUGUGCACUGAGACAAUUGACUGUGAGGAGAUCACUAACCAUAAUAUCCUCAAGGCAAGAGAUCGGAUAGAAGAAUUUUUUCGGAGCCAAGCAUAUAUUUUGUAUCAUCACUUUAUUAAAACUAGACCAGCUAUGCGUUUUGUGGAGCACAGUUUUCAAGUAGCACGUAUAGAUAGCUGUCGGCCAGGCUUUGGGAAAAAUGAAGGUCUACACAGCAACUGUGCUAGCUGUUGCGUCGUUUGUAAUCCUGGAACUUUUAGUCCUGAUGUUGAUGUUACUUGUCAGAUUUGUGUUUCUGUCCAUCACUAUGGAGCGAAAUCUUGCCCAUAAACCUCAAAACUAGAGGUGAAAGCAUUGUUACUUGCCUUGGAAGGCGGAGAACAUAAGAUGAUCUGUUUACAUCCGAGAGCAUCCUAGAAAACUCCAUAAAGAUCAGUAAGACCAAAAUGUUAGAAUAUAUACAUUGUAGAAACAAAAAAAAUAGUUGGCCUGGCAUUUUUAAGAAGGCAUUUAAUCCAGUAUCUCUAGUAUGCAAAGGAAAAUUUAACUGGUAGUGGAUGGUUUUAAUGAAAUAUGUUGUGUAGUUUACAAAUGGAAACAUGUUUUGUUUGUACCUAAGAGUAUAUUAAA